AUCAAAUCCGAGUAUCCGACAUUCCGACCCAUUGCCCAUUUCAUAUCAGAAUCUCUUGUCGAGCUAUAUUCACCAAUCACCUGAAACACCUCUCUCUCGACGACCUGUCUUUCAGUUCCACCCGUAGAACAGUAAUCAACAGAAAUGGCGGAUCAGCUCACUGACGAUCAGAUCUCAGAGUUCAAGGAGGCUUUCAGUCUCUUCGACAAGGACGGCGACGGCUGCAUAACUACCAAGGAGCUUGGGACGGUAAUGAGGUCUUUGGGACAAAACCCAACUGAAGCUGAGCUCCAGGAUAUGAUAAAUGAAGUGGAUGCCGAUGGUAAUGGAACGAUUGACUUCCCAGAAUUUUUAAAUCUAAUGGCGAGGAAGAUGAAAGACACUGAUUCUGAGGAGGAGCUGAAAGAGGCGUUUAGAGUUUUUGACAAGGACCAGAAUGGUUUCAUCUCCGCUGCUGAACUACGCCACGUGAUGACUAACCUUGGGGAGAAGCUUACAGAUGAAGAAGUUGAUGAAAUGAUCCGCGAGGCCGAUGUUGAUGGUGAUGGGCAAAUCAACUAUGAUGAGUUUGUUAAGGUUAUGAUGGCUAAGUAAUAAUUCCUCACCCUCCCCCCCACCCUCCCUUAUACAAAAUCUUUCUGCUUUUGAUACAACAACAUCCAAGCCUUCAACCAUAUCUUUCUGGUUUUGAUAUGGUUGAAAAAUUGGAAAGAAUGCCCGAAACUUUGAUUAGUUCAGCAAAUAUAACUAUAACGCAUUUCUUUUCCUUUUUUCUUUUCUAUUUGGAAUGGAUUAAUGGUUCGACCUUCGAUCACCGUGUUUUUUCGUAGUGCUACCUCCGUCCCGCUAUGAUUGCCCC